AAAUGUCAGUCGAAUGCAGACAGCUGUUGUUUCUAUUUUUCGUAUUUUAUUGACCACUUCACGAUUUGCUUAAUUUUUGCGUCUAUUUAUGACUUUAGUUCCAUAUUUUAAUUUAAAUAAUGUUGUAAAAAUCCUAUUGAAUUAAAAUGAUCAAAGCAACAUCAUGUCUGGGCUCUCACCGGCCCCUAUCGGGACAAUUAUACAAAUAUACAAAUGUAGUAAAGGGCUGGCAACAGAGGUGGUUUGCGGUUGAUCCAGAGACUGGAGUACUCUCAUACUAUCUGUUUGAUGGGCCCGGAGAUACUGUUCAGCCUGGUCAACCUGCAAGAGGAGAAGCACAUUUAGCUGGUGCAGUGAUAUGCCCGAGCGAUGAAGACUCCAAGACGUUCACAAUUAACUGUGCGUCGGGUGAUAUGUUGAAACUACGAGCCACUGAUGCAAGAGCUCGUCAAGAGUGGGUUAAUGGUUUGAGGGCAAUUGCUGAAGUGCAUACUAAGGCAAUGGGAGCAAACCCACCUCUACAACCGCGAGAGCAACUUGCCGUACAUGAUGCUAUGGCAUCAGCUAGACAACAGCUACAGACAACUGAAUUAAGCGAUGCAGCCCUAGCAAGAUGCAUUGAGUCAUCUGAUUCACCAUUCCCUCACACUGACCCAGACUUAUUACUUCUUAAGGCAACCUCUGCAGCAAGCAUGCAAUGUCUCUUACAAUGCUUAGGCAUUUUACUACGUCAGCAGCAAUAUGCAACUGCCUCUAUAAAGAAUUCCAACAAUGAUAAUCAUUAAUCCUUUAUAUCUUUAAUCAAAAAUAGGUUAAGUACGUCUAUUUGAGUUGUACACAAAUUACAUGUACAUCUUUACUAAUGAUGUAAAUAUUUCUCAAAAAAAAAUUAUCACUAAAAAGAUGUUAUUAUAAUAUAGUCAUUAUUCAUAUUUAUUGUAAAUAUUUCCAUAUUAUUUUUAUUUUAGGGUUAAAAUACACAGCAUAAAUAUAUUUCAGAAACCAAUCCUCAUGAUGAAAUACGCAAUGUCCCAAUAUUUACAAAUGUUUUGUGACUGACUAUAUCUAUUAUUGAUAAUUGUCAUGCACAUUUAUUGCAAAUUUUAGUUUAUAUCUAAGAAUAGACAAUGCACAUAACAAUACGAAAUACACCAUAGAUUUGUAAUACUUUAAAUCUUAUUUAUAAAAUAGUAGUGCUUACAUCAUUUUAUGAAACUGACUUUAUGAUAAAUAAAGAAUUAUUACAAAAA